AUGUCAUCGCUACCAAAGACGAUGAAGGCUGUGCAGAUUGAAAAGACUGGCGGUACGGAUGUGCUGCAGUACAAGACUGAUGUGCCCGUCCCCGAGCCAAAGGAAGGCGAAGUGCUAGUCAAGAACGAAUUCAUUGGGAUUAAUUACAUUGACACAUAUUUCCGCUCUGGUGUAUACAACCCACCCUCAUUCCCAUACAUCCUCGGUCGUGAAGGGUCUGGAACCGUUGCUGCCGUGGGACCCAACGCGCCCUCUGAUCUAUCAGUUGGCACGCGUGUUGCCUACAUGGGACAGUAUGCGUAUGCAGAGUAUACGGCUGCGCCCAGUAACUACACAAUUCCCAUCCCGGACUCCAUCGAAACGAAGACCGCCGCGGCUUCCCUCCUUCAGGCUUUGACUGCCGUCACUUUGAUCAGGGAAGCUCACGCUGUUCAGAAUGGCGACUGGAUUCUCGUCACUGCUGCGGCCGGCGGUGUAGGUUUGUGGUUAUGCCAGCUGCUGAAAGCCGUUGGCGCAAGGACUAUUGCGACGGCGAGCACACCAGAAAAGCGUCAGCUAGCCAAGGACAACGGUGCCGAGGUCGUACUGGAGUACUUUGAGGACGAUCGAGACCUGUUCGUUAAGAAAGUAUUGGAGAUCACUGGUGGAGAGGGUGUACACGCCGUGUUUGAUUCUGUCGGCAAGUCAACAUUUGAUAGCUCACUCGCUGUCGUAAGGAGGAAGGGUACCAUGGUGAGCUUUGGAAACGCAUCCGGUCCGGUUACUGGCUUUGCUCUUGCUCGACUCUCGGCGAAGAAUGUCAAGGUUGUGCGUCCGACGCUGUUCAACUACAUCGCCACUCGCGAGGAACUUCAAAAAGCUGCCAAUGAGCUAUGGAAGUUCAUCGAGAAGGAUGGACUGAAUGUCAAAAUUCACGAUGUGUACCCACUCAGCGAUAUCGUGCGCGCAACCCAGGAUAUCGAGAGUAGGAAGACCACAGGUAAACUAGUUUUGAAGCCUUGAGCAGUCGUCGAACCAGGACACAAGAUGUAGUGCCAAGGAGGAGCUCAGCACAACUCGAGACUGUAGUGCACAUGUCCUUUCGAUAUGGGUGUCAGUGUCUGCUUGUGUGCAUCACCUACUUGCUCUUUCCUGUGUCAGUGUCAGUUGCUUCCCUACCUACACUAAUGAACAAGGAUCUGGAC